AUGUCCCCCGUCGCCCUCCCCUCCCAGCACGCCGCCGUCCUCCACGGCGCGAAGGACCUCCGCCUCGAGGAGCGCACCCUCUGGCCCCCACAGCAGGGCCACGCCCAGGUCGCCGUAGUCGCCACAGGCCUCUGCGGAUCCGACCUCCACUACUACACCCACGGCCGGAACGGCGACUUCGUCGUCCAGCAGCCGCUCGUCCUCGGCCACGAGGCCGCAGGCAUCGUCACCGCCGUCGGGCCCGGCGUCAAGCACCUCGUCCCCGGCCAGCGCGUCGCCAUUGAGGCGGGCAUCAUGUGCAACAACUGCAGCUACUGCCACAAGGGCCGCUACAAUCUCUGCAAGAACAUGCGCUUCUGCAGCUCCGCAAAAACAUUCCCACACUCCGACGGCACCCUCCAGGACCGCAUGAACCACCCCGCGCACGUCCUCCACCCACUACCGGACAACUGCACGUUCGAACAAGCAGCGCUCGCAGAGCCGCUCUCCGUCCUCCUCCACGCCUCCCGCCGCGCAGACCUCACCCCCGAGCGGCCCGCGUCCGUGCUCGUCUUCGGCGUCGGCGCGAUCGGCCUCCUGGCGUGCGCACUCGCGCGCUCGUACGGCGCGCACAAGGUCGUCGCGAUCGACAUCAACCAGGCGCGCCUCGACUUCGCCAAGGAGAACGGGUUCGCGCAGGAGGUCCACUGCCUGCCCGUUGCGGACAAGGCGAAGACGACCGACGACCAGCUCCGGAGAGCGAAGGAGACCGUCAGCGCCGCGCUCGGCAAGUUCGACCAGCCCGACGGCUUCGACGUCGUCUUCGAGUGCACCGGCGCGGAGCCGUGCAUCCAGAUGUCCGUCCACGCCGCGGUCACCGGCGGGAAGGUGAUGCUCGUCGGGAUGGGCUCGCGGAACGUGAUGCUGCCGCUCUCCGCCGCGGCGACGCGCGAGGUGGACGUGCUCGGCUCGUUCCGGUACGCGAACACGUACCCGACCGCGCUCGCGCUGCUCGCCGCGGGCAAGCUCCCGAACAUCGAGAAGAUCAUCUCGCACCGCUUCCCGCUCGCGGACGCCGCGCAGGCGUUCGAGCUCAUGGCGCGCGGCCGCGACGACGACGGCCGCAUGGUCAUGAAGGUCAUGGUCGGCGGCCAAUAG